AUGGAUCCCGUGGCAGCCUUGGAGCUCAAGUCUGUGGAACAGCAGAUCCCCAGGAACAACAAGGACCACCACACUCAGGAGAUGGGCUCAACCAAGCUCAUUCUGCGCCGGGGCCAGCAUUUCAGCUUAACGUUGACUUUCAACCGACCCUUCCAACCCCAGAAGGACCACCUCACCUUUGUGGCUGAGACAGGACCAGAGCCCUCAGAGCUUCUAGGGACCCGAGCCACUUUCUUGCUCACGCAGACCCAGACUGGGAACGUCUGGAGUGCUUCCGACUUCACUGCGGACAGUAACUCUCUUCAAGUCUCGAUUUUCAGCCCAGCCAGUGCAGUCAUUGGCCACUACACACUGCAGUUGGAGAUUUCUCAGGACCAGGGUCCUGGUGUGACUUACCCCCUGGGGAAUUUCAUCUUGCUUUUUAACCCAUGGAGUACAGAUGAUGAUGUCUACCUGCCGAGCGAAACACUGCUGCAGGAGUAUGUAAUGAGUGACUAUGGCUUUGUCUACAAGGGUCAAGAAAAUUCCAUUACCUCCAGGCCUUGGAACUAUGGACAGUUUGAAGAGGACAUCAUUGAUAUCUGCUUUGAGAUCCUGAACAAGAGCCUCUACUUUCUGAAGAACCCAUCCAAAGACCACUCUCAGAGGGGCAGCGUGGUGUACGUAUGCAGGGUGGUGAGUGCCAUGAUCAACAGCAAUGACGACAGUGGUGUGCUUCAGGGGAACUGGGGAGAGAACUACUCCCAGGGCAUCAGCCCUCUGGAAUGGAACGGCAGUGUGGCCAUCUUGCGGCAAUGGUCAGCCAGGGGUGGGCAGCCUGUGAAAUAUGGACAGUGCUGGGUCUUUGCCUGUGUUAUGUGCACGGUAAUGAGGUGCUUAGGCGUUCCAACUCGAGUCGUUUCCAAUUUCCAUUCAGCACACAACACAGACGGGAACUUGACCAUCGACACCUACUAUGACCGUACUGCAGGGAUGCUGCCAACUCGGAAACCAGACAAAAUCUGGAACUUUCACGUCUGGAACGAGUGCUGGAUGAUCCGGAAAGACCUUCCGCCAGGGUACAAUGGCUGGCAGGUUCUGGACCCCACGCCCCAGCAAACCAGCAGUGGGUUGUUCUGCUGUGGUCCGGCUUCUGUGAAGGCCAUCAAGGAAGGGGAUGUCCACCUGCCCUAUGAUACCCCUUUUGUGUUUGCGGAGGUGAAUGCCGAUGAGGUCAUUUGGCUUUUUGAGGGUGGCCAGGUCCAGGAAAUCCUGGCCCAUAAUACCAGUUACAUCGGGAAGGCGAUCAGCACCAAGAUGGUAGGGUCAGAUGAGCGCCUGGACAUCACCACUUCCUACAAGUACCCAGAAGGAUCCUCUGAGGAGCGGUCUGUUUUCAUUAAGGCUUCCCGGAAAAUGCUGGAACCAAGAAGGGACUCUUCAUCCCUCCUGGAUCUCCUAGGGUCAGAGGCCUUUAAGGAUAAGCCUGUGCAGCUGCAACUCCGCCUGGCUAGGGCACCCAUGUGGGGCCAGGACCUGCUGCUCACACUGCAUGUCCAGAGGGUGCCCAACCGAGCCCAGAGUCGGGGCCCCAUUGGACUGAUGGUCCACUUUUGUGCACAGGCCCUGCUGCAUGGGGGCAGCACUCGGGAGCCCUUCUGGAGACACGCGGUGCACUUGAGUGUGGAUUUUGAGAAGGAGCUCCAGUGGCCACUCCUGUUGCCCUACAGCAAUUACAGGAGCAAGCUGACGGAUGAAAAGCUGAUCCACGUGUCUGGCAUCGCUGAGGUUGAAGAGACGGGGCGGUUCAUUCUGGUCCUGAAAGAUUUCUCUCUGGAGCCUCCCCACUUGUCUAUUGAGGCUCUGAAUAACUGCACCAUGGUUCUGGAGGGAAGCGGCCUCAUCAAUGGGCAGAUAACAAAGGGCCUUGGAACUCUGAUGGCCGGACACACCAUCCAAAUUCAGCUGGAGCUCUACCCCAUCAAAGCUGGGCCCCACCAGCUACAAGUCCUCAUCAGCAGUAGCGAGGUCAAGGAGAUCAAAGGUUACAAGGACAUCGUCAUUGCUGCAGCUCCAGCCUCCUGA